AUGACCAACACUUUCGGCACGCGGGUUCAGAAUUGGAAUCAUCCGGAUGCACAGAAUGCAGUAAAGAGCCAGGGCAUACUCAGAAGAACAUCGCGGCCAGGAGCAUUCCUUGUGGAUGAGCUCCCACCACUUGCCCUCUUACCUAAGUGGCUACAGCCUGGCCUAAAAGCUGCUCGGGAAGCCGCUCAACAAGUUCUGGAUAUCAAAAUGGACUUGUGGAGGAGGUUGGAAGAGCAGGUCAUGUCAAGUAAGGCACCACACUGCUACGCUCGCGAGAUCUAUGAGAAAAAGGAGCAUUGGUAUGCCCAAGGACUAUCGGAAGAGCACCUGAUCUGGGUCUCAACAGGCCUUGUGGAGGCCGGCUUCGAGACUACGUCGGCGACACUAAACAGUCUUAUCCUCCAACUUGCUGCAAACCAGAGGGUACAAGACGAAGCACAGAAAGAGCUCAUGAGUGUAGUUGGACCCGAUCGACUCCCGACGUUCGCAGAUAUGGGAAAUCUGCCCUAUAUCCGUGCUUGUGUAAAGGAAAUGCUUCGAAUGAACCCCAUCCUCGCUCCCGGAAUCCGGCACUACGCAAACGAAGACGUCCGUUACAAGGACUACAUUAUUCCGAAGGGCACCGUUCUAGUCGCCAAUACGGCUUUCUUGCAUUUUGAUCCUCGUCGAUUCGAGAAGCCAUUCGAGUUCAUGCCAGAGCGGUACCUUGACCAUCCCCUAUACAGCUCGGAGUACGCAGCCAUGAGCGAUCCAUACAAACGUGAUCACUUCACCUUCAGUACCGGAAGGAGAACAUGUCCAGGGGCUCGACUUGCCGAAAAUUCUUUAGACAUCGCACUCGCCGGCAUUCUGUGGGGCUUCGAAAUCCGACCACCGUUGGUGAAUGGUAGAGAGACUGAAAUGGACUUGAGCGACAACGCCUACCCAGAUGCGGGAUUUAGCCUGCCCAAGCCAUUCGCUGCUAGGUUCAUCCCAAGAACUGAAGAGAGGCGCCGUGUGAUUGAGAAGCAGUGGGAAAUUGCAAAAAAUGAAGGCUAUGAGUUAAGGGGCAUUUCGGUUGACCUUGAUGGAAUAGUUCAAGACUGA